CAACAACUUCACGCACAAUCUCGCCCCACGGAUGUUGGCAAAGAUGGACGCCUGCUUUUCAGUGGUACUUCGGCACAGAAGUCUAGCUGGACUGGGCAGGGCUGGUCACCACUGCAGCUUUGGAAGAGGCCCACCUUCCCAGAAAGUUUGAAGCUUGAGUUCUUAGGAAGAAACUUCUACAACGAGUUCAUUGUACGCUUCUUUGGCGUUCUUUACUUGACCGCGGGGACCUCAUUCAAAGUGUUCAAGCAAAGGGCACUUGCCCGAGUUAUUCUCUGGAAGCGUGUGUCCGGAACAUGAAACAAACUCCUUGCCAGGAUCCAGGUUGAUCUUCCAAAUCCAGAAAUUUCAGGAAUCUUUAGACAGUAUUGACAAUUGGCCAAUGUCAAGGCUAGUUUACAAGAACCUAAAGGGCAUUGUGGAUCUUUGGUCAUGUCUUCUGUUCAUACUGCACCCGCUCAGUACCAACUCUGACUCAUUGAGCAGCAAGCCAGAGCAGCAGCAUGUCUGCGUAGACUGCAUUGACUUGCUGUUUUGUGGAUUUCCUUGCCUCGGUUUGUCUCCAUUGAAGCAACAGCCGCUACGCUUCCAACCGGCCCAACAGAGCACUACAGCUGAUGUUUUCUAUGGCCUGUUGCCCCUGAGCUGACUGCGUAUUGCAGAAGCGGAAAGUUGACGACAAGGUCUGCCCUUGUGACACCACGUGCCAUGGUCAAAGCGAAGAAAUGUUAUUUUCAUUGCGUCUUCGUUUUUUGCCGGGGCUUGUCGUGAAUGCGAAUGACAUAUGUCCAGGUGUCUCAGAAGAUGCUUGGGGGGGAAGUGCAGUCAGCCCUUUUUUCUGAGGGGAAGGCCAUCUAACCAUCACCACAUAUCACCACUGGUUUUGACAAUGGCAUUUGCCCCAAUCACUCUCUUACUGCACCUCAUUAGGUCGCUGAGCAAUCCGCAUGGGUAAAGGAUGUUUGCCCAGUGUGUGGUAGUCUAUUUCGCCGCCGAAGCAAAUUUUGGAACGCAACGAUGCUUUCACCUUUGCAUGGUACAUGUGACUUAUUACUUGGAGUGAGUGGUAAAGGCCAAGACGGCGAGAAGUGCGCGGUUGCUUGGUUUGUGUUUUCUUCUCAAGGUCGACAUCGCGCGACAGCCAGUGCAGUGUUGCAGGAUGUAGCGCUUUGGCUGAUACCUGCGCUCCUGCAAGUCUUCAAUCUCAUGCGGGGCUGGACGUCCUUUUGGCGUGGCUAUGUCCGAACUAAUCACUUUCAUGGACUUUCUUGUCUGUCCCCCUCGUUCACAUAGUUAUGUCUCAGCUGUCUGCCGCAUUUUUUGAGCCUCUGCCACUGGCGCGUCGGGCUAGUCCUGAUGCAGUGGACGCUACACCUGCGGAGUUUGCAGGUGUGUUUCGCGCCGGCCGCGAAGGCUAGGCUCCCACGCGUAGCGUGAAACAUUCCAGCCGGACUGAGUGCCUUUGCAAUUCGAUCCUCCGAAGAAUCCAGCGCCCCUGUUUUGCAAACGCUUGGAUUCCCUGGAAGCCUUGGAAACCAGCAACAAGUUGGAUGCAAUGCUGCAUCAUGUGUUGGGCCUUGCUUGCUUCGGCCAGGCGCAUUGAAGUGGUGCACAAUGUGAAGAUCAAAGGCCCCAAUCUGAUGCCAGGCGGUGCGUCGAUCAUUUCCAACCAAACACUGAAGAUGAGCAAGGCGGGUGAAGUUUUGUAGGGUUGUGCCACUGAACACCUGAAGGCAUGAAGCCGGAUGAAAAAUAAGCGCCUUUGGUGGCAGGGUCUUCAGAACACACAUGAAUACCUACCAGUACCUACAAGGCAUUUGAUAUGUGUGUUUGCUCUAAACUUGCAAACUCUAAAGUGGCCCGGGGACGUAAACUUUCCAGCACGUGAUGACUAGGGAAUCUCACGCAGUUCCGUGUGAUGUAGGGCUGGGGCGCAUCCCCCGCCUCAAUGGAAGGAGAAGGCACAGGUCCUAGCUCAUUAGAUUUCAGACUGUGUUUGGUUGAGACCUGUUUUGUGACCUCGGCUUUGACUUCUCAACGCUGGUAAGAGAAGACGGCAAACAUCUGAAUGCCUCAAAGAUCUCCAGAUAUAUCUCUGAUCAACUUGGAUUUUUUUAGCCCAGCCGGCUUGGGGGACGUUUCCGGACACACAAGACCGACAACCACUCGCGCUUCUGUUAGGGCAAAGCACCAGACUUAAAACACACGUUAUGCCUGGAACUUCUUGAGGCCUUUCGUCCUUUUCUUCUCUUCUUUCAAACCUUUAGUUUGUAAUUGCAUUUCUUAUGAUGUCUUCAUUUGUUGUUAGGUCAUUUUUUGGAGACCGGCCCUAGCAGAGGCUGGUGACGGGUGCAUUUUUUGUCUAUCAUUUAUCAUAAGGAAGCGUCCGGAAUGCACCGUUCAUUUUGGAGGGAACGUACCUGGGAUAUUCACCGCAGAUCAGUUGCAGAUCCGCCUUGCAAGGUGAGCGAUCGACCAGAGGGCGGCGUGAAACGCUCCAGGCCAGAGGCGCCCUGUGCUGCUGAAGCCGCGGAAGCUGUGGCCGAGCACGCCGAGCGCGCCGGCUACGCCGCCGCCGCGGCAAGUGAGCGCGCCGCAGUCUGGGAGUUUCGGGUGAAAGAUGGGUUCAAAGCCUUUGAUGCGACAUGCCAGGGGCUGGUCGAAAGCUUGUAUCAAGCCUUCCUGGCUGGUGGCGACCGCCUCGGGCACGUACCUUUUGGCAAACAGACCAUCCUCGUUGACUUCAUUGACAUGAAGCAACGCCUGGAAGGAGGUGCUCGCGAACGACAAGUGCGGCGAGCCUGGCGGUAAAAAGGAAAUUGAGCCGAUUCUUUGCUAUUAGUCUUGCUACUAGUAGCUUCUUGUUACUACUAGUAAGGCACUUGUUACUAGAAGCGAUGCACUUGUUUCUACUAGCUAGGUUGGAGGCCAUCUAUUGCCUAUUGCUAUGAGGUUGGCUGAAGUACGGGGUCCAAACGACUUCGACGCUGUGACUUCACCGUUUGGACCGUUUGGACUUUUGUUUCGAUGACCGUUUGCACGCGGAACAUGACAGUAUGGUGAACACUUGGCAUUCUCGGUGAUUCUGCUUCGGUCAUUUUCUUGCCACAUGCCACAUGGCACAUCGUGUCAUGAGGUUUUGUGAGACAAAGUAUCAGAAGGAUAAGAAUCUUGGCAACAAGACUUUAUCGCAGACAUGCACCCAAUCAACUUUUUUUCUGCUCACGGUCACACGAAAGGGAUGCAUAUCUACCUUUCUCAAGACGAAGAUGGUGUUGGCUCACCUCGUAAAUCCGGCCAUGGUCGCGCAUGGCCAAGGACGGUAGAUGUGGAUGUAGGUAGAUUGGCUUCAGAGUUUAGACGUAUAGAUGUCCAUUUCACCCCAGAUUUGUGGAGGUUGCUUCACAUUCCAUGUAGGAUCAAUCCACUGAUCAGUGACCCUGUUAUCAUUGCAAGUGGUAUCACAAAAAACAACACCAGCAAAUGCGUGACAGAUGCAUCUGGCGCAAGCAGCUAAACCGUCGAGGAAGUACGAUGAAGUAAUUAUGCCAGCUUUGCAACACACCCAAGCCGAAGUAUGCAGUUGUGUUUUGAUUUUAGUACUCUAGCUGAUUGACCCAGAACUUGCACAGUCGGUUUGAACCUUGAAUUGAAAUCUUGACAUUUGAUUUUGCCAUAUCUUUGCGGAAAGAAGGCAAACAAGCCAGCCAUUUGACAUGUUAGCAAUUUCCUGCAACUUUCCCAAAUCAGGAUCCUCGGAAGUACAUCCAUUUUCUGCUGCAAAUACCACACUAUUUAGCACCUGUGUGCUGAGAGAGGACCCUGCCGCACAAGGUACCCAUCCCCAAUUUGAAAGCGUUUGCUGCAGAUCACACUGCCGUCCUUCAAUGGGCUUUGAGCCGUAUUUCAGUCCAACGCCUGCGUCACAGCUGGGUCAUGCAGUGUGCGAAGCAAGCGCUGAGAGUCAACGCCAGCUGUGCGGCUUAUGUCUUUGAACCUGCUACUUGGCUUCUUCAUCGCUUCAUUUGAAGCAUCAAAUCUGUCAACGCUUGAACCCGAACCUCGCUACAGCUGCCAGAGGAUUUUGGAUGCAUUCGAUGUGGCUGCAGCCGAUGUGGAA